AUGGACCCCUUCUUCCUCACGUUCUCCAGCCUCGAGCUGGAGCAGUGGUACCUGAAGUAUACGGCUGAAUCGAGGGACCUCCACAUCGACGCGUGCUACUGGUGGUUGGCGGUGGUGAUACGCGCUCUGGCGCUGGUCAAGUUCGCCGGCAAGCGCGAGCACAGCCACCUGGCGAUGUGCUACGCGCACCUGGCAUGGCUGCUGGCUGAGGCGCCGCUUCGGCGGGCGCUGGGGCGCCGCGGCCUGUGGCGGCGGCGGGAGAUCAUCGUCGUCAUCUCCAGGCUUAUGCACAUCUGCGAAUUUAGCACAUCAAUCAACGAGCCUGCAGCCGAAAUGUUCCAGUUUGAGAGUCCAAACGUUUCUUGUAAAUCCAUCUUCUUCAGUGUUUUGUGGCAUGGUUUGCUGCCCAUGGUGUUCAGUGGCGUCUUUCAGCCCCUACGGUUCUGGCUGCACCUGCCCUUGCACCUCCUUUCGUCAGCCUUCUUUCUUGCAACGCUCAAUGUCGACCUCUGCAUGGCCACUGGUGGUGCUAGCAUUCCUGGCAUGGACCCGGUACACGACUGGUUGGAUGGCUUGGCGAAGCAAAUCCUGGGCAUCCUCCUUGCCACAAGGCUUGAUGACGAUCCAGCAUGGAAAGUGGAGUACCCCUGCCUGCAGAUGGGCAUGUUCCUUCAAGGGUACCUUGGGUUUGGCAUAGUCUCGUACGUCAUUUGGGUGUCUGAGCACAACUCCAGGGUGAAAUUCGUCGAGAAUCUUCCAAGAGAGAACAAGCCGAGUGAGCCUGUGAUACCAUUGCAGCACUCCAUUGUUGUGUUUCAUGCGGUGGCACUCAUCGUCGCCUAUGGGGUCUUUUGGAGAGUUUUUUUGAGCGUUGGUCCUGGCAUAAUAUAUUGGAGAACCCAUGGAGCAAGGCGUCUUGGGACCACAUCAGAAAUGUCCUCCUUGCUGGGUAGCAACAGCGUAUUGGAAGGAGAUGCUCUGGGUGCUGGCAGCGCCUGGUUCGCGAAGGGUUGA